AUGGCCUCCCUACAAGGUAAAGUGAUCGCAAUCACCGGUGCCGCUUCCGGAAUAGGACUCGCGGUCGCAACUCUGGUCGCCAGUCAAGGAGCCCGCGUGUCCCUUGCCGACGUACGAGAAAAACACCUGGAAGAAGCUGCAGACAAGAUCAGGAGUACCGGCGCCCAGGUAUUCUCCCGUGUUGUCGACGUGCGCAAGCCGGAACAAGUCGACGCGUGGAUAGAAGCCACAGUAGCCACUUUUGGGCGGUUGGAUGGCGCGGCAAACAUAGCAGGCGUGGCGCCGACGACGCCAUUGGAAGUCAAGGAUCUGGAUGACGAGAGCUGGAAGGUAACUCCAAGACAAUUCUUUGGACGCAAAGCCCAGGACUGA